AUGGAAUCAUUCGCCCAAGCAUUGAUCCAAACUCGUUACCAAGAGCUUAGAAACUUGGUAAACAACGAUUACAUAAAUUUUUAUACUCCAGAAAUUCAUAUCAAGACAUUUUAUGAAGUAGGCCCAAGAAUUGAUGGAAACAAGCCCCAUCGAUUUGCUCAGGUCAGAAUGUUUACUCAUAGACAGUUUCAUGCCAAGCGAGCCGUAAAGUCCUACUCUCUGAGUGAUGCAACUCUAACAAGAGAUAGAAGCGAUAUAAUGUUUCCAAGCAAGCAAGGCCUUCUUUUUUCUAACAUCUUAAACGAGGUAUCAACACUGGCAAAGAUGCAUCAUCCAAAUAUAAUAAAACUAUAUGAAGUAUUUCUAGAGCCAAAAUACAUUCACUUAGUGAUGGAAUUUUGCAAAGGAGAUAUAUUUAAUCAAAAAUAUAUUUCUAAUUUGCCCUAUUAUUAUAGAAAAAGGUCACUUUUUGAACUGUUGCGUCAAAUUCGAAUCGUCCCUGAUAGUAAAGGAAUUUCUUAUACAGCACAAAUUUUAGAUGCUGUGAGACACAUCCAUAGCCUCAGAAUUUGUCAUAGAGGAUUGUGGGUUGAAAACAUUAUGUUUGCAGAUAGUGAAAAGACUCAAAUUAAAAUUAUGGGGUUUGCAAGUUGCACAAAAAUGAUGACUACAAAUUUAACUGAAAAAUGCGGAAACCUUUAUUAUACUGCCCCUGAAAUUUUUUCAGGAUCGUAUAAUGAAAAAUGUGAUGUGUGGUCUACUGGGGUGACUGUCUACACCAUGCUUGUUGGAGCGCAGCCUUUCCAAGGAGAAACUUAUGGAGAAAUCGUAAAAAGUAUCAUGAAGGCAAAAAUCUUGAGACCUUCGCAAUUUAAAAACUUGCCAGGUGAAACUCGGCACUUUAUAAAGGGGAUGCUUAAAAAAGACAAUAGAGCAAGCGCAAAUGAACUUCUUGACUCAGCUGUUCUAUAUACUUACAAUUUCUCACAAAAAUCUAUGAUUUUACAAAAGAUUUUGCGCGCAACCUUAAAUCCAGAAAACGACAGAAUGCUAGAGAAAAAGCGAAACCUUGCAAAUAAGCUAAAAUUUGCCUUGUCUAAAAUUCUGGCAUCGGCAAAUAUGCUUCCUGACGUCCCUGUCAUAGAGAAACUCUGAAAAGAUCUUGACUCAAACAGAAAUGGAGAGCUCAGACCUGAUGAGUUUCAAGAAGGUUUAAUCAGAUUUUUAAAGACUCAAGAAGAUGUGCAAGAAAAAGCCCAAAUGAUUUUUAAAAGAAUGGAUAUCACAAGAAAUCGCAGCAUAACCCACGAUGUUUUCAUAGGCCUAGUUCAUGAUAUUCCAGAUGUGCAUUAUCUUUAUCAUGCAUUCACCAAACUCGAUUCAGAUGAAGAUGGUCUAAUUAAUGCUGAAGAUAUUGGUUUGUAUAUAGAUGAAAAGCGAGUCGACAGACUCAAUCGCUUGGUCGCAGAAGUGCUUAGUAAAGAAACGCUGAGUUUUGAGGAUUUUUACGUCUUAAUAAGGAAAUAUGCAAUAUAA